GGGGACGUUCCAUGAGACGUUCACGUCGUCGUGACGUCACCCACGGCCUCUUAUCAACUGGGAACUAGCAGCUACCGCUUGGAAAUUGCUGCAUGGGGCCAGUGGGAUUGCCAUUUGCUUUACUGAGUGCUAGUGACUUUACGGCUACAAAGACUGAAAUGGAUGGAAACGACUGUAAAUUGGAGAAAGACGUUUCAGAAAUCGACUUGGAUGUGCAUCUGACUUCUAAGCUAAAAGAAAAACACAUCUCUAUUCAAAACUCACUGAGAGACCUAGAGGGUUUGGCUGAGCAAAAUGAAGGGGAAAAGAAGCCUUGUCCUCUUUGUCCAGAAGAGACGUUCAAACCCUGCCUAACCAACAAGCUUCUGAAACAUCUGCAGAACUUGCACUGGAAAGUGUCUGUUGAAUUUGAAGAUUACAGAAUGUGCAUUUGCUGUUUACCAUGCAUGCAGCAGAAACCAUCUCAGGAUAAGGAGGGGGUGCCUCCAAAGACAGCAUGCCACUAUCACUGCUCUAUCUGUUCAGCAACCAUUAGCAGAAGAACAGAGAUGAUAAGUCAUGUUAAGAGACAUGCCACCAAAGGGGAGACAGACGGAAAAUAUUCUCCAGGCCAUUUUCAAAAAACUUUAAAGGAGUUGAACACACAUGUGCAAGUUUCUCCCAAUUUCAAAACACCACAGAAAACAGACACUUUUUUUAAUCCAAAAAUGAAAGUUAACAGGCAGCUGAUUUUUUGUGCCUUGGUGGUACUGGCUAAAGAGAGAAAACCAAUUGAGUGUUUGGAUGCCUUUGGAUCAACAGGCAUUAUGGGAUUGCAAUGGGCAAAACAUCUUGGAAAGUCUGUAAAGGUUACAAUUAAUGACAUAAGUGAAAGCUCCGUAGCAAUGAUUCGGGAUAACUGCCUCCUGAACAAUAUGAAAGUACUGACCAAAAAAAAGGAUGACGAAGAGGAGGAGAAUGAAGUGGGAGAAGAUAGUGGUGCUGCUGUUGAGGUUACACAAUAUGAUGCCAACGUCCUAAUGCAUUUAAGAGCUUUUGACUUUAUACACUUGGAUCCUUUUGGGACAUCAGUAAACUACCUGGAUGCAGCUUUUCGGAAUGUAAGGAAUCUGGGGAUAGUGUCUGUGACAUCCACUGACACUGGCUCACUGUUUGCCAAGACUCUGAAUGUGGCAAAGCGUCAUUACGGGUGCAACAUUGUAAGGACGGAAUACUACAAAGAGUUAGCAGCUCGCAUUAUUUUAGCUUCGGUGGCCAGAGCGGCUGCUCGCUGUGGUAAAGGAAUUGAGGUAUUGCUUUCCGUAGCUGUGGAACACUUUGUCUUAGUUGUGGUCAGGGUUUUGAGAGGUGCUACCCAAACUGAUGAAAGUGUUCAGAAGAUAAAUACGCUUAUCCACUGUCAGUGGUGCGAAGAACGGAUUUUCCAGAAGGAAGGGAACAUGGUACAAGAAAACCCUUAUAAAAAUCUUCCCUGUGAUUGCCAGAAAAGCAUGCAAGGAAAUUCUGCAGUUGUCCUAGGCCCCAUGUGGUCUGGCUCACUUUUUAACACCGGAUUCCUCAGAAGAAUGAUGUCUGAAUCUGUGGAACAUGAAAUGGAUGAUCUUCAUCCCUUGCUAAAAACUUUAAUCUGUGAAGCUGAAUGUACACCUCUAAAACAGUUUUCCCUUCAACCCAACCAAGCUAAUCAAGAAGAAAGUGGGGUGUUAAUCAAGGUUCCUGACACAACAGACUAUUCCGCAGACCCAGGAAAACGGAAACGUCAGGACAUAAGCAAAGCUAUUUCUAAACGUCUGAAGAACGAGGCCCCUGUAGAGCACCCUCCAUUUUAUUACAGCAUCCACAGACAUAGCAUCCGAGGGCUGAACAUACCAAAAUUGAACAAAUUCUUGCAGUAUUUAUCAGAAGAGGGUUUCAAAGUGAGCCGGACGCAUUUUGAUCCUACAGGAAUCCGCACCAAUGCUUCGCUGGCAACAUUCAAAACCAUUCUGGAGAAAAACAGCACAAUAUCAAAUACUUCCCAGGCAAGUAAUGUUGUGCAGACGGCCGAGAGCAGAGGGCAGGAUCUACUGACGGAGGAAGCUAUGACAGUUUGUGACACGAAAUAACUGUGGGUGUUUUUUCCCUUUGAAUUAUUGCUAUUUUCCCCCUAUUUCAGACGUCGGGUCACGCCUUGUCUGGAAUAUACCAGUAUAUGCUUACACGCUGUAAGCAAGGCCUCUAUGCCUUAGGGGCAUGAUGAAGGCUUGUUUGCAAUAGUUUUUUAUAUUUUGUGUAAUUUUAAGGCUUUCUUACCCAUUAUACUCGGUGUGCCUGUAUAUUAAAGAACUGUAUGUUCAGAAAAUGGUACUUGCGCAACACAAUUACCCUGAUGAAGCUUGUGUUUGUUCUUUAAUGUGUAUAAGCUCCACCUUACUGGCUUCAAUUAAGUUCUCCACUCAUGAUUAAGCUGUAGAAGGAGGUCAUGCCAACAAAAAUGGGGUGAUGGCAGAAAAUGAAAGUACAGGUAUGGGACCUGUUAUCCAGAAUGCUCGGGACCUGGGAUUUUACAGAUAACCGAUCUUUCUGUAAGUUGGAACUUCAUACCUGAAAGGGGAAAUCCAUAAAAACAAAACUUAAUAUUUUUGAAAAGUUAACAUAAUUUCAAGAAACUUUGCAAUAUACAUACAUUAAAAAAAUAUGCAGACUUUUCAUGAUUUUUUAAUCGUUUCUGACAGUUCCCUAAGCCUAGCCCCCCUGCUCUCCUGCUGAUCUGUCUGACUACUUUGCUGAGCUGGCUGACUACUGUUACUUUGUAUCAACAGCCAUCUGUCCUCAGCCUGCAUCCGCCAAACCCCACAAUUCCCUGCACACGUGAUAUCAAUAAGUAAAAAGCAUCAGUGCAAUGUAUUGUGGGUUAUGUAGUUCCUGCAUGCUGUUUGUAAACUGUGGAGAAAAGUUGUUACACUUUGUAACAUUCUAGUCCCUCCUUCCCUGCCAGGAUUUCAAAUGAUGCAGAGAGAAGAACUGUUAAACUGGAUUUCAGCAUAGAAAAUAAUGGCAUUUAUUCAUACUUUUUAAUGAAACUGGUAACUGCGAUGGUAUAUUAAAUAUACCAAAUUUUUGUUUGGAAGCCAGAGUUCCUUUUUAAAGGACCAGUAACAUCAAAAAAAAUUUUUUCAAAAUUUAUUAGUAUACAUCAAAAAAUAAACACCAAGACUUCAACUUCUAGCCCUCUCACCGCUGCUAUGGCCUGUCACAUGCACAUACCUCCUACAAGAGUUUCCCUGAGCCGACUUUCCUUGCGCAGCCCACACCACCACCCCUUGGGACUCCGCAGCAGUCGCUACUAUCCAUACUCCAAAAGCCCCCUACCCUCAGGAGGCGCGCCAGUGCCAGCAGCCACGGGACACUACUACUCGCCCUAUGCCCUGUACGGACAAAGACUCACAACAGCCUCUGCUCUGGGAUACCAGUGACUGCCACAGGUGGGCCCCUUCCUAAGGAAUAAGGAUCUGCUGUCCAAGAUGAUCACCCUUCAGAAACAUCGAGGUGCAGCUGCUUCACGUCAGUACAACAUGAGAGAUAGCCAAGUAGGAGAAAUCCAGCGUCGCAAAAUGGAUGGUCGCCAUGUCGCCUUUUCUGAACAGGAGCGGAGUUUCGCUAAGUUAUUUCUUAAUAAAGGCUUUGCAAUUGUAAAGAUUUAUUUGUCUUGGUGUUUAGUUUUUGAUGUAUACUAACGAAUUUUUUAAAAAAAAUGUUUUUGAUGUAACUGGUCCUUUAAGUCUACUAGAAAAUCAUGUAAACAUUAAAUAAACCCAAUAGGAUUGUUUUGCUUCCAAUAAGGAUUAAUUAUAUCUUAGUAAUACAUUUUUAACAUUUGGAUUAUUUGGAUAAAAUGGAGAGUAUGGGAGACGGCCUUUCUGUAAUUCGCAUCUUUCUGGAUAACUGGUUUCCGGAUAACAGAUCCCAUACCUGUAAAUUAAAACAGACUGUGGGUAAAGUGACAUAUGGUUUUGGAAGAAACCCCAACUUUCCAAUAUACAAUUAAAGGUGCAGUACACCCCCUUAUACAACAUGAGUGCAAUGAAUAGGGCUUCUUCUAAACAUACUUUAUAGCACUCGUGUUGAAUAAGGGGGGGUAUAGUGCUCCCCUUUAAAAGGUUCUGUUAUUUGUAAAUAGUAUUUUUUUUAUUAAAAGUGUUUUACUUUCUGCACAGCUUAUAUUUUCAUGUUUAAUAUGUGACUGAACAUCUUAAUUUACAGCCUGAGAAGAAAGGAAAAAAAUUAUUCUAAGGAAUAUGUGGAAUUUUUAAAAUCCAGAAAAACUGCAUUUAUGGUGCUAAGCCCCCACAGCAUCUGCUAUAUGCAGCAAAGCUUACUUUUGUUUAAAAAAAAAAAAACAACUUUACAAAUAGUUUAAUAUAAAUAACAACGUAAAGUUUUUUUUGCAGAACGGCAUAUUUUUACUAGGGUUGCACCAAAUCCACUACUGAAUCCCAAAGCUUUCAUGAAGGAUGUAUUUGAAUAUGCAAAUUACAGCCAGGAAUAAAUAAAAAAAAAAAUUGUGUGUGGGGGAAAAAAUGUUUGUUUCCUUAUUUGUGCAGCGAAAAGUCAUGUGAUUUUUAAGGGUUCGGCUUUGUUUCAGCCAAGCUAAUGGAUUUGUGAAUCCCUGAUAUUUAUUUGUUGGGUUUUUUUUGGAAUAUGGAAAUAGUUGAAAGUUUUGCCUAAUUUAGGAAUAAACCUUUUUUGUUUAGAA